AUGCGUAAGGUGCGGAGAAAUUUGAAACUUGUGUGUUCUAUUGAAGGAACACUUCCUACAUCUGAAGCCACACCACUUUUAUCAUCUUCAGUCACAAACAUACCAUCCAUUCCCUUACCUGAUCCUAAUCCAAACCGAAUGGCACAGAGAACCAUUAGACAGCUAGCCACCUCCCAUAAUACAGUUACCCAAAGUAACAUUGAAUAUCCUAAUGCUGAGUGGGAGUUGAGACCUGACCUACUAAAUUCAUUACCAAAGUUCAAUGGGUUAUCAAGGGAGAAUCCACACAAACACUUGAGACAAUUCCACAUGUUGUGCGAAAAUUUCAGAUCUCCCAAGAUCACAAUAGAAAGCCUGAAGAUGAGAGCUUUUCCUUUUACUCUUCAAGGAACAGCUCAAGAUUGGUGGUAUUAUCUCUCUACACGGAUUACAAAUUGGGAAACCAUUGAAAGACUAUUUCUUGAAAAGUAUUUUCCUGCAUCCAGACUAUCUGCCAUCCGUAGGGAAAUUCAAGAUAUAAGACAGAGGGACAGAGAGAAUCUCAGUGAAUAUUGGGAAAGAUUCAAGAAACUUUGUGCUUCAUGCCCUCAGCUUCAAAUGACAGACUUCAUUCUAAGUUUUUAUGAAGGCUUAAGUCCAACUGAUAGGUCGUGGGCAGAUGCUGCAAGCAGAGGAUCUUUCUUAGACAGGUCACCAGAAGAUGGGAUAGAUCUAAUAGAACGGAAGGCAGUAGAUAAUCAGCAAUAUGGAACAAGAGAAAAUUCAUGUGGAAUUUGCAUUUCAACUGAUCACUACAUUGAUGAAUGUCCAAGCUUGAUGGAAACUACUUUGGAAAAUCGAUCUCAAGUUUUUGCUGCAAACACGUUUGGAGGAAACAGACCAUACCAGAAUUAUAAUGAUUCAUCCUCAAAUAGGUAUCAUCAGAACUGGCAACCUUAUGUUCCACCUCAACAAAGGCAUCAACCUCAGCCUGAAAUGUCACUGCAAGAUUUCAUGAAAACAAUGCUUGAGCAAACUUCAGAGAUCAAGAAAUCAAUUGUAGAUUUGACUCAGAGAGUGGAAAAGUUAGAGGCUAAGGAGUCAACCGCGGCUAUAUAUGCUGCGGUUCUGGAACCGCGACCUAUAGGGAAAAACAACCGCGGUCGUUUCCCUUCGCUGCACUAG